CCUAGUGGCAUUGAACGGACAGACACGCCUGCAUACAUUCCCUGGGAAAAGGCAGUUGCAACCAGGUGUGGCAGUGCCAGGGAGGUGUGAAUGAGGCAGGAUGAACUGGACAGGUCUAUACACCUUGCUCAGUGGCGUGAAUCGGCAUUCUACAGCCAUUGGCCGAGUAUGGCUGUCCGUCAUCUUUAUCUUCAGAAUCAUGGUGCUGGUGGUGGCUGCAGGCGUGUGGGGUGAUGAGAAGUCUUCUUUCAUCUGUAACACCCUCCAGCCGGGCUGUAACAGCGUCUGCUAUGACAUUUUCCCCCAUCUCCAUGUGCCUGUGGUCCCACAGCUCAUCUUAGUUUCCACCCCCAGCUCUCCUCGUGGCAAUGCCGUGGCUCACCAACAACACAUAGAAAAGAAAAUGCUACGGCUUGAGGGGCACGGGGACCCCCUUCACCUGGAAGAGGUAAAGAGGCACAAGGUGCACAUCUCAGGGACACUGUGGUGGACCUAUGUCAUCAGUGUGGUGUUCCGGCUGCUGUUCGAGGCUGUCUUCAUGUAUGUCUUCUAUCUGCUCUACCCGGGCUAUGCCAUGGUGCGGCUGGUCAAGUGUGAAGCCUUCCCCUGCCCCAACACGGUGGACUGCUUCGUGUCCCACCUGGAAAACCACGUCUUCUUUGUCUUUGUGCUCGCCGCCUCCGGCAUCUGCAUUAUCCUCAACGUGGCGGAGGUGGUGUACCUCAUCAUCCGGGCUUGUGCCCGCCGUGCUCAGCGCCGCUCCAAUCCGCCCUCCCGCAAGGGCUCGGGCUUCGGCCACCGCCUCUCACCUGAAUACAAGCAGAAUGAGAUCAACAAGCUGCUGAGCGAGCAGGAUGGCUCUCUGAAAGACAUACUGCGCCGCAGUCCUGGCACUGGGGCCGGGCUGGCUGAGAAGAGCGACCGAUGCUCAGCCUGCUGAUGCCGAGUACCAGGCAACCUCCCAUCCAACCCCUCCCUCACCCCACCCAGGCCUGCCCCUCCUUCUCCUAUGCUGGUGAGCAGGCCUCUGCCUCCUAGGGAUUACUC